CAUGGAUUAGAAGAAAUACAUGUGACCCGUGAUAUGACCUGACACGUUGACAGGAGGAGAUCCUUUGACAGUUCAAUUCAUGACCUUGCAGACGCUUUGCCCGUAGCUCCCACUGUAUGUAUGUACAGCCACAAUCGAGUGUGAGGAUAUAAUUUCGCAAAUAAAUCUCUUAUCGGAAGCAGCAACAGGUUAAGCACCGUAUCAAUGAGACCUUUCACGCAGUAGAUUAUAUUGUGAGCAUUCAAUAAAUAUUGUUGAUAGAGUUGAUCAAGAGUAAAUGUUACAUUCGCGUUAAGUUCGCGCUUGAUUAUUAAUCGAAAAAAUGCGCGCUGAUUUGGACUUUCACAUAAAAAACGUAGGGCAACGAUACUGUGAAUGCCAAAAUGACUGUACGUGUGGAGAAGAUAAUGUUGCAGAUGUAGAAUGGGAAUGGGACGAGAACCUGGCAAGUCAAACAUUGCAGCUUUCAAAAAUGAACUUGGAAGUCAACUUCAAUCCUGGAUAUAGCAUGGGAACUUCAGCUGUUCGCGGCAGCAAAUCCAUGGCUAGUGGCCAGCACCAUUACUGGGAAGUCAAAAUGAUAACGCAAGUUUACGGAACUGAUGUAAUGAUUGGCUUGGGAACGAGUCGAGUAAAUUUGGAGGUGGCCAGUCUUUCAUUUACCUCAUUGCUUGGGCACGAUGCAGAAUCUUGGGGGUUCUCAUAUAGAGGAUACAUACAGCAUAGGGGAAUUAUGCAAAAGUAUGGCUUACCUUUUGUGCAAGGCAGUUUAGUGGGAGUUCAUUUAGACACAUGGAGAGGAACGCUGGAGUUUUAUCUGAAUCGGAAACCACUUGGAAUUGCUUUUACUGGACUCAGAGGCCUGGAGUUGUAUCCCAUGAUAAGUUCCACCGCACAAAAAACUAUAGUUAGAAUUACUCACAGUAGUUCGAUCCCAGCCUCGUUGCAGUUAGAAUGUUUUGCUGCUCUGAAACCCUCGCUUCGAUGUACACUUUUGGAAGAAUUUCCUGGCCUUCGUCAUCUUACGAAAAGCAUAUUUGCUGAUAUUCUACAAAGCAGUUACAACAAGGACGAGGAUGAAUCUGCCGAAGACUUUCAUGUUUUAGAUGAGUUUGAUGUCGCUGUUGUAGGUUUUAAGAAAAGUAAAAGAAGUUUGACUCAGGAUGAUGGAAGUAUGCCAGGUACUGCCAGAAGAGAAUGUGACAUGUGUGGAAAUACAACAUCUGUUCGAUCCCCUUUAGCUCUUUGUAUGAUUUGUUGCGAUUAUCCUGGUUGUGCUACGAUAUAGGAUACCAAAGUUAAUUGAAAAUGACACGAUUAUUUAAAAAUGUUCUUUUAUUACAAAAUUAAAAUACAAUUUUCAACAUUUGUAACAAGCUAUGUCCAUCUAAUGAGUAAAACAGAUGAACAUAAUUCUUUA